AGUUUCUUCUUUCUUAUCUCAAUUAUCAAACACACUACUGUUGUCAUCCCCUAUGGCUAUAAAUAAACGAACGCCCAGCAGCAUCAGUGCCCAUAGCAGCAGCGGCUGGGGUAAUACUCUUUAACAAAGAGAGAAGUUAAACACAUACAAUUAAACACAUACAGCUCAGCAACUAUACAGAGAUAUGGCGGUUGGUCAGCAGGCAGCAGCAGAAGCAGCUAAGUCCUCUCUGAGUAUCUUCUGUGUUACCCUCCUGCUAAUUUCCACCCAGCUGCUGAUUCAAUCCCCCACAGUGCUUGCAGCUCCACCAGCUUUAGUAUCAUCCCAGCAGUCAAUAACUGAGAGUAGUAAGAGACAGCGUAAGAAGAAAGCUUUUCAGAAAAAAAGAAAAAGAAAACAACCAGAUGAAAUUAUUAGAGGCAGCUGUAGCAAAGAUGGUAAAAGAAAUGAUGGGCACCAUGCAUAUCUCGAAAGACGCUCAUCAUCUGCAAGAACCAAAAGAUAUCAAAGAAGACGAAAAUAGUGGAAGCAAUAAUUUUGAAGACCAGAGCCCGACAGACGAAGAUAGUUUGAAGACCAGAACCCCACAGCCCAGAAGCAAUAAUUUACAACUGUUAGCCACUUAGCGCAGCUUGUAAUUUGUGUCGGUCAUAUCAGUCGAAAGCAUUGUGAGAUAGGGCUUGGUAAGGAGAUCCACUUCAGUGGCACCGAUGCAGAAUCAGUACCAAUUAACCAGGAUCUCAUUUUUUAUAUUUUUAGUGACUUCAUCGAUCACUAAAGUAAAAAAUCAAAAUCAAAAUAGAAUCUUGAUUAAAAAAGAAAAAAAAAAAUCUUUUCAAUGAUUAAUAUAAAUAAAA